AGGCCGAGGGCAGGGGAGAGACUGGGAGAUCCCCAAGGCCUGGCCUUCCCCAAGAAUGACCCCAGCACAGCUCCUGCUGACUGAACACUGCUUCCUUGCUGGGCACCCUGCUAGGCAGUCCCUGCACUGAGAGUUAGGGCCACAGUGUGACAGAGACAGAGAUAAGGCCCUUUUUAGUUUAUGUUUUGGUAGGGAGUGGGGAGACAGCAGUAAACAAAAACAUAUUUAAGGAGUAAAUUAUCUCUAUCUUAGGUGAUCCAUGAAAAGUCCAGCAGAGUGAAGGGGACUGAGAAGACCCAGGAAGAGGGCUUGGGACUUUAAAAAGGGUGGUCACUAAGAGUUGCCAGGCAGACCCAGGAUAGGAUGGGCAGCCCCGUGCACCGAGUGUCACUAGGGGACACCUGGAGCAGGCGUGUGCACGCUGACAUAGACGGCGAGAGGCAUGGGCAGUCCUUCGACGUGGAACGGCUCACCAACAUCCUUGAUGAAGGUGCCCAGAACACUGCACUCCGGAGGAACGUUGAGAGCAUCAUCUGCAGUGACCCAGUGUUUACCUGUAAGGACAAUUAUUUCAUGACCCAGAAUGAACGCUAUGAGGGCGCCAUGCGGAAGACGGUCCACCUGCACAUGACAUCUCAGAGACUGGGCUGGUCAGAAAAGGAAGUAAACUAUGCUUACAGGAUACUCAAUCACAGCAUCUAUCCCCACAGUGCUCUUUCUGGAGACUUGGCACUAAAUUUGCACCGAGUCUUCUUGACAGCCCUCACGAGCCUGGGCUCGGAGGAACAGAUUGCCAAAUGGGAGCCACUCUGCAAAACAUUCCAGAUCAUCACAACAUAUGCCCAGACAGAACUGGGACAUGGGACAUACCUUCAGGGCCUGGAGACUGAAGCCACCUAUGACACAGCCACCCAGGAGUUUGUGAUACAUAGCCCCACAAUGACUGCCACCAAAUGGUGGCCUGGAGACCUGGGACGGUCAGCCACACACGCCCUGGUACUUGCCCAGCUGAUCUGUUCAGGAGCCCGGCAAGGCAUGCAUGCCUUCAUUGUGCCCAUCCGGAGCCUUCAGGACCAUACCCCACUGCCAGGAAUCACCGUUGGGGACAUCGGGCCCAAGAUGAACUUUGAUCAAACAGACAAUGGCUUCCUGCGACUGGACCAUGUGCGAGUCCCUAGGGAGAACAUGCUCAGUCGCUUUGCACAGGUCUUGCCAGAUGGCACCUACAUCAAGCUUGGGACAGCAAAGAGCAACUAUCUUUCCAUGGUGGUGACUCGGGUGAAACUGCUAUUAGGCGAGAUCCUGCCCUUGAUGCAGAAGGCUUGUGUCAUUGCCAUACGCUACUCGGUCAUACGUCGCCAAUCCAGGCUCCGGCCCAGUGGCCCGGAAGCAAAAGUCCUGGACUACCAGACACAGCAACAGAAACUCUUUCCUCAGUUGGCCAUGAGCUAUGCCUUCCAUUUCCUGGCAGUCAGCAUUUUGGAAUUCUUGGAGCACUCCUACAGUGCCAUUCUGGACAAAGACUUCAGCCUCCUGCCUGAGCUCCACUCACUGAGCACAGGUGCAAAGGCCAUGAUGGCAGACUUCUGUACCCAGGGAGCAGAGAUAUGCUGCAGAGCCUGUGGCGGACACGGAUACUCAAAGCUGAGUGGCCUGCCAUCACUAGUCACCAAAGUGUCAGCCUCCUGCACCUACGAGGGUGAGAACACAGUGCUGUACCUGCAGGUGGCCAGGUUUCUGGUGAAAAACUAUCUGCAGGCUCAGAUGUCUGCUGGAUCCACACCACAGAAGUCUCUUCCCCCAUCUGUUGCCUAUUUCACUGCAACUGACCUGUCCAGGUGCCCAGCCCAGAGGCCAGUCGACUUCCUCUGCCCAGAGCUCUACACCACAGCCUGGGCACAUGUGGCAAUCAGGCUCACAAAAGAUUCAGUACAUCAUUUGCAGACCCUGACGCAAUCUGGGGCGGACCAGCACGAGGCCUGGAACCAGAGCACUGUCAUACACCUCCAGGCUGCUAAGGCACACUGCUACUAUAUCUCUGUGAAGAGUUUUAGAGAAGCUCUGCAGAAACUAGAAAAUGAACCUGCAAUUCAUCAGGUGCUCAAACGCCUCUGUGACCUCCAUGCCUUACAUGGCAUCUUGACUAACUCAGGUGACUUUCUCCAUGAUGGCUUCAUGUCUGGGGCCCAAGUGGAUAUGGCAAGAAAGGCCUACCUGGACCUGCUCCCCCUGAUCCGGAAGGAUGCCAUCUUGUUAACUGAUGCUUUUGACUUCACUGAUCAGAGUUUAAAUUCAGCACUUGGCUGUUAUGAUGGAAAUGUCUAUGAACGUCUGUUCCAGUGGGCUCAGACGUCACCAACCAAUACUCAGGGGAACCCUGCCUAUGAGAAAUAUAUAAGACCGUUAUUACAAAGUUGGAGAUCCAAGCUAUGAAACAACCAACAGUAUCCAAGAAGCAAGCGACACCAGUGUGUGAUAAUGGUACUAUGGUACAUAAUUAAAAUUUUAUGUACACAUAUA